ACAUACAUUUAUAUUUGUAUAUAAAAUAAAAUGUUAAAUCAAACUAAUCAAAAGAAUAAUUUUACAGAUAAGAGUCAUUAAAUAUAAUAAAGUGAAUAAUCAUUAGAUGACGGAUAAGAUAAUGAAGGCGAGGAAUAAGAAAUGGAAGAAGAAAUAAACUUAUUGGUAGAAAAUAUAUAAGUAUCAACAAACAAUAUUUUAGGAAUAGUGAAUUAUACAAAAUGGCGAAAAAACUAUAAUUAUUAUUUUGGUUUAGAUAUAAUUAAAGGAAGAUUAUUAAAUUACAAGAAAAUAGAUUAAAAGAAACCUUCUACAUAUUAUGUAUUGAUAAAGGGGAAAUUCGAUAAUAAAGAAAAGGGUGAUACUGAAGAUUUAAUUAGAAUUCAAAAUAAAAAAGGAAGAAAAUUUAGAUUAUAAUUAUAUUAAGAUAAGGAUCCUGAAAAAAUAAAAGAAUUAUUAAGUAAAUGCUUUGAAUUGAUUGUAAAAAAUUAAAAUAAAGGAUUUUAUGCUAAUUUAGGAAGAAGUACAUUUAAUAUAGUAAAUCAUCCAUUUAAUAUUACAAGUGGAAUUAUUGUAAAUUAAAAGUGCAAAAAACACUAGAAAAAGCCUUAAUAAUAAUAUUUAAUAUCUUUAAGUGGUUUAUUUUUUAAUUAAAGUGAACUUUUGAAGGUAAUUUUAGGGGCAAUAAGUGGGUUUAUAGUUAAUCCUUUUUAAAAAGAUAGAUUAAACGAGUCUAUGACUUCUUUUUAAAAUAAAAACUUCCUUAUUGGAUUAAUAUUUAAACCAAUAUUUGGUACUAUUGAUUUAAUAGGAAAAAGCACUUAGUCAUAAAAUGAAUAGGUAAUCCAUGGAAAUAUAUUCAUGGUAUAUAAAUUAAAAAAGAAAAGUAAAAAAAAGAUGAAUAAGAAAUAAUUAAAACAGAAUUAGCAUUAAAAAUAGAUGACUAAGUGAUGGAAAAAGUAAUUGAAACUGAAGAAGAAAUACUUUUUAUUAAUAAAAGUAAUGUACUAGGACUCACUAAGAAAGAUAUUGUCUAAUUAUAGACUAUGUCUUAGAGUUUAAAUCUAGAAAGUAUAGAUAAUACAUAAAAACAAGAGUUUUUUUCGAAAAGUUAGAAAGAAGAAAUGAAUAAAUUACUUGAUUAUUAUAUAAAAAAUAGGGAAAAAAACGAAUAGUAUUAG